GGAACAGGCACGGCUGCAGCAGCUCUUCGCAGAGCAGAGGAAGAGAAGCUCGCGAUCGAGCGUGACUGGUUUGAAGGAGUUCGCCCCGAGUGCCGCCCUUCGGAGGACAUCGUUCGGAUGAAGGCCAAGUAUGGUUAUAACCCAAACUUCCUCCACCUCGCAGUUGUCGGCUCUUCUGGAGGUGGGAAGUCAUCCUUCAUCAAUGCCGUCCGCGGCCUAUCCAACGAUGACCCCACUGCCGCUCGUACGGGCAUUGUCGAAACUACUAAUGCCGUCACGGGAUACCCUGGUCCAUGCCCAAACUCCCGAAUCAUUUGGUAUGACGUUCCUGGAGCAGGCACUCUAAACGUUCCUGAAUGGCAAUACUUCAAUGACCUGGGCCUCUAUAUUUUUGACUGCAUCAUCGUGCUCAUGGACAAUCGUUUCCUGGACUCUGACCUCGCCAUCCUUCGCACCUGCGAGCAGUUCAGCGACGUUGACACAACACCCUGGGGUGAUGAUGCAUUAAAGCUUACAACCGCAAGAUACUUGUAAUGCAUGAACAGUUAUAAUUGUAACCCUGAAUUAUGCGGCCAGGAAGUUUUCGUGUGGUGCUGGCUGAAGUGAGCGGCAGACAGUUGAACUUAUCAACAUAUCGACAACGCUCUUUGCACUUUACCGCCUCACUUCUGCAGUACCGAAGUGACCAGACGAGCAACUAUACCGUCUCCUUUGGCUUAUAUUGAGGAGACUGUGGUACAAUCCUGGUCAUCCACGAAGUAUGUGCCAUGCUGGCGCGUGCAUUCUCCACAGUGGUCACGACUUAACCACUGCAAGAUAAGGGCACGCUGGCAUUUCCCCAUUCAAGCCGUGCGAGCUGUUAUUUGGAAUGUCGCCGCUGAGCAAAUGCCAGCGGUAAAUUCAUACUCCGUAACGAUCCUUUCACCAAAUUCAAGCCGGGCACAUUACGCCGUUGAGCAACCCGUA